GGCGUGGCCGCGGCGCGAAGGCCGGCGGCGGGCGGCGACCGCAGUUCCCGGCGCGCGCUGGCUCCGGCGCCCGCUCCGCACCAUGGCCGGCCUGGGGCGGCCGGGCCCAGGGCCCCGCGCCGCGCUGCCCGCCUGGAAACGGGAGAUCUUGGAGCGGAAGCGGGCCAAGCUGGCCGCUUUGGGCGGGGGCGCGGCGCCUGAGACCGGGGCCGAGGCGGGCGCGGCGGAGCCCUCGGGGCCGGCGGCCGAGCGGCUCGUGCUGGCCGACAGUCUGGGCCCGCUGCGCGAGAACCCGUUCAUGCGGCUGGAGUCGGAGCGGCGGCGCGGGACGCGGGGCGGCGGCGGCGAGGGGCCGGCGGGGGCGCGGCCGGUGCAGCAGCUGCUGGACCUGUACCACCGCGUGCCCGGCGUGCGCACCAUCCACGCCGACAACAUCCUCAUCAUCGAGUCGGCACCGGGCUUCCCGCCCGCCGGCCCCGGCCCCGGCGCCGGCCCGGCCGCCCGCAUCCGCGCCGCGGAGGUGCUCGUGUACGAGGCGCCGCCGCCGCCCGGGCGCGUCAGCCGCCUGCUCCAGAAGUUCGACGCGCCGGUCCGCCGCGGGAGCCCGGAGCGCGGCCGCACCCCGCCGCCGCCCCCGCCGGCUCCCGGCCCCGCCGCCUCGCGCGUGGGUGAGCGCGCAGCCUGCUUCGAGCCUGAGCGCCGUGGUACAGGCCCCGGGGCGCGGCGCAGCGACUUCCUGCAGAGGACCGGCAGCAACUCAUUCACCGUCCGCCCUCGGGGCCUGCACCGCAGCGCUGGCCCUCGCCUGCUCCCGAACGAGCCUGCAGCCCCCGAGACCCCAGCCGGCGCUGCCAACGGCCUCGCGGGCUCCGCACCUGGGCCGGGCGAGUGGAAGCCAAAGGUGGAGUCGGGGGAUACCCCGGGCCACCCGCCCCCCAGCCCGGGGACCCCCAGUGCCACUCCAGCCGCGUCCCUGGCCUUGCCCACACCCAACCCUGCCAGUGCCACUCCUAGCCAGCGCCAGUGGGUCUCCGCGGCCACCAGCGCCAAUGACUCCUUUGAGAUUCGGCGGACCUCCAAGCCAGACAUAGACAGGAUCCCUGCUGGGGACCUGCAGGCCCGGGCCCUGGCCAGCCUCCGUGUGAACUCCCGAAACUCCUUCCUGUUCAUCCCGAAGCGCAAGGACUCUGCCCCCGCCCCUCCUGAAGGGAGGCAGGCCGGGAGGCUGCCUGAGAGAGAGGUUGGCUGGUCCUCCCAAAGCCUGGAGCUUGAAGCCCAGCUGGUGCCUGGAAGGGACAACGUGCCUAUUGGAGGGAGGAGCCCCUUGGGGGUCGAGGAGGGGGCCUGCGCCAGGCCAGCUACUGCCCUCGUGGACCAGGCUGUUGGGCGGCAGAGGCUGUCCUCACCAUCCCUAUGUCCGCUGGCUGCCGACGAAGCUAAGCCUGCCCAGGGCCUCGGGGUCCCCAGCCUGGCCAAGAGCGGCACGGAGCCUGGGAGGCCCGGACUGCCUGUUACCUUCAUCGAUGAGGUGGACUCGGAGGAUGAGGUUCCCCAGGAAGCCAAACUGCUCUGCUCGGGAGCUGCUGGGCCUCCUUGGUGCCCCCUGCACCCCGCCGGGCCCGGGCACCCAUCAGGGCGCCGGUAUCUAAGUGGCAACACCUUCACCGUGGUGCCCAAGAGAAAACCAGGGUCCCUGCAGGCCAAUGGGGAGCCCAGUCCACAGGAGGCUGAGGAGGACGACGCGGGCGACUCGUCAGUUCCCCCCACCGCCCUGGGGACCACACUGAAGAAGCGCUACCCCACUGUGCACGAGAUUGAGGUGAUCGGUGGCUACCUGGCCCUGGAGAAGUCCUGCCUCACCAAGGCCGGCUCCUCGAGAAAGAAGAUGAAGAUCUCCUUCAAUGACAAGCGCCUGCAGACGACCUUCGAGUACCCCCCUGAGAGCUCCCUGGUGCAGGAGGAGGAGGCUGAGGCCCAGGAGGAGGCCGAGGAGGAGGAAGAGGAGGAGGAGGAGGAGUACAGCUCGGAUGGGGUGGUGGAGAAGCCCUUUGCGCUCUUCCUGCCCCGAGCCACUUUUGUGAACAGUGUGGGGCCUGAGAGCCCUCGCCUGCCGGACGGCAGCUCAGGCCUGUCCAGCUACACUCCAAAGCACUCCGUGGCCUUUAACAAAUGGCAGCAGCAGACACCGGCACAGGCUCCGAGGGAGGCAGAGCCAGCACCCAAGGAGAUCAUGCUCACCCCUGCCAGUCAGAAUGACCUCUCAGACUUCCGCAGUGAGCCUGCUCUCUAUUUUUGACCCCGGCCCUGCCAGGAUGGCCAAGGCUGAGCCCUGGGAGCUGGGCAGUGCCCAGGAGCCCUGCCCUCGUUCUGCACCCCCUCCUGCCCCGUCAGGCUCUGCCCUGCCAUAUCCCACCCUCCCUUCCUGGGGUCUCGCAGCUGUGCUGGUGCUCGGCCUGAGUCUAGGGCCCUGGGGGCUCCUACCUCCCUUGGGGGGAGCCUUGCCCUCCAGCCCUGAUUCGGGGGCACUGCCUGUGGAGGACCGACAGGGUCCUGCUGGACACCAUGCCCAGCAGCUGUCCGAUGUGUGUGAAGGACUAGCUUGGCUGCCUGUCUUCUGGAACUUCAAGCCAUUCCCUGCCCACAACCCCCAACAGCAGACCUCAACCCACCCCCUUUGUGACGAAUGGCGUCUUUACUUGCGUUGGACGAGGAACUCAAUAAAUAGCACCGGACAAGGCC